CUCACGCUGUAACAUUAAGUAAUUCCUAUAAUAUGUUGUUGGAAUAUGACAUAAUUUCGUUGAACAGCUUCAAUCCAGGACCGAAUGUAAAACGAUUGUUCGCUGUUAUCUGCGACGCAACGCGUUUACGCCUUUUGCGCCUAGUGACCAAAAAAGAAAAAAAUGGUGGACCACGGAUUUCCUGGACAACAUACUACCACAACUACAGUAACUACAAGUACCACUACUACACAACCAAUUAUCCGAUUUGAUCCGUCUUACACGAGAACAUUACCUGGAAUUCUUAAAGUCGCUCAAGUGAUUUUGAGUCUUCUAGGAUUCAUAUGCAUCACAGUGUCCAGCCAAAGCAGUUCCAGUCGUGGAGGAUGGUUCAAUACCGUGGCGAUGGGUGGUUUCUGGUUCACAGGGAUAUUGCUCGUUUUUUACUUGUUUCAUAUCGUUGAAAAAUUCUCGAAAAUUCCUUGGAUAAAAAUUGAGUUCAUAUUUUGCUCAAUUUGGACUGCUUUCUAUUUGUUAGCUGCUGCUCUGGCAGCAGAUUAUGCUAAAUACGUAGAAGCUUUUGGAGUUGCAGCAUUCUUUGGAUUCUGUGCCAUGGUAGCUUACGGCUACGACGCUUGGUUGAAAUUUCAAGCAGCAAGGAGCGGUGCUUUAGCACAGGGUCAGUACACUCCCAAACAAGUAUCAACGGUUACGAGUCCAGCGUAUUAAUUCUAAACAGAUAAUUGUUCGAUAAACACCGUACGAAUGGACCAUUUUGAAGACAUAUCUCGUUGCUUUUAUAAGAAGGAUUUCUUUUCUAUCUUUCUUGUUAUACUAUUUUCAAGGUAAAAUGCUAACAAUAAGGCACAAACUAAUCUCAUUAAUUAACAUUGCUAUUUUUUUUUUUUUUUGCUAAAGUAUGCACGUAUUCACGUACAUACGUUUAAUCGAUGUCACUGAAUCACUGAUAUUUAAUGAUCUUAUAUACAUAUAUAUAUAUAUAUAUAUACAUAUCUGUAUUAUAAGUAAGAUGAUAUACAAAUACGCAUAUUUUUUAAUCUCUUUUUCUUUAUACAUAUUGUUAGCUGGUUAAUCAUUGUGUAUUAUGUCGUAAGGUUUUAAUAUCUGUUGAUAUUGAAAUGAUAUUUUUGAACAGAUAAUAUAUACAGAUACAUAUGUAUAUCUAUUGGUAUACAUUUAUAAGCAAUAUAUAUGUUCGAUCAGUAUUGUGUUCAUACUAUAUGAAUCGUUGAUAUAUACGAAUAUUUGUACUUGUUUUGUAUUUAAUUUUCGAACGAUGACGAUUUUGUCGUUUCGCGUUGCAUUCCAGAUUCUAGUAACGAAUGGAUCAAAUGGUUAUCUUUAUUUAUUUGUAAUUGUACGUGCCGCAAGAGAAAAGAAGGUGUACGAUAAACCGGAUGUGUGUUAGAUUCGUUUUCAAGAUAUACAAGUAAUGUUAGUUAGACGUAAGAAUCGCGUUUGUUAUAAUUUAAUGAUUUUCAUGAUAUUACGCAACGUAUCACGUGUAUUUUGUGAUCUUUAUUCGAUCGACUCGAUACAGGUACCUACAUUUAUAUGUACAUGAUAUUAGAUACAUACUAAAUAAUUCUAUUUAACAAAUUUCGAACAACACGAAGAAAACGCAACGACGAUAGUUACGAUGAAACUUGUACUACUAAAACGUUACUUAAACGAAAUAAAUUAUUGAAUGUUCUUUCCCUGCAAA